UAGACUGCACAUACAUGGGUCAUAAAGGAUUCGAAGAAGUGGCUGUGCUCGGACCGGUACCAUCGGAACGAUCCUCCCGGGCCUAGAAUCAAAAGAACGAAUAAUAAAAGGGAGUUCCGAGAAUAAAAGGGUUGCGCGACACGUUUCCGUUUUUUUCGGGGUUUCAAAUCUCGCCGGAUACCAGUAGUAGUUUUUUUUGUUUAAAUUAAUUUUCGAUCGAAAGAUCUAAUUAUGACGCGGCGGUGUGCGGUGCAGUGAAAAAAGAGACCCCAAAGGGUGAGAGCAUCAAGACCGCUGGGACUAUGAGUUCCAAGUUUAUCAUCGAUAGCAUGCUCCCGAAGUACCAUCAACAGUUCCAGCACCAUAAUCAACUUUUCCACAGUCCAACAACUACAACGGUUUCGUCGUUAGAAGCCGGAUUAGCAUCCGUCGUUAAUUAUUCUUCCUCAACUUCACCGAGUGGAUCGUCACCACAACACAGCAACUCUUCGGCGUCUUCAACAUCCCCAGCCUCAAGAAUGUAUCCGUACGUUUCAGCGGCUACGGCCGCUGCCCACCAUCAUCAUCAACAACAAGCCGUUGCUGCAGCAGCUUUUGGCGCUGCAGCUACCGGAACGAUGGUUCCGGGAGCUUUUUCUUCAUCGGCAAGUACCGCAGCUUUAGCAGCCGCCGUAGAUGCUGCAACUGCGGAUAAAUCCUGCAGGUAUACAACUGGAUUAACGGGAAACGUUGGCGCAACGGAUUCUAUGGUAAAUUAUGCUCUUGGACACCAUCACCAGAAUGGUGUUUCAGUAUCCGCUGCGAGUUCAGUAUCAGCCGCUUCAGCUUCUAUGGCUGCUGCUGCACAAUUUUAUCAUCAAGCAGCUAGUGCUGUUGUUGAUCCAUUAGGAACAUCUUGUGCACAACCAUCAGCUGGUGGUCAACCAAUACCAGAUAUACCCAGAUAUCCAUGGAUGUCAAUAACUGGUUUUGCAGAUUGGAUGAGCCCUUUCGACCGUGUGGUAUGCGGUGAGUACAAUGGUCCAAAUGGUUGUCCAAGACGAAGAGGUCGACAAACGUACACGCGUUUUCAAACGUUGGAAUUGGAGAAAGAGUUUCAUUUUAAUCAUUACUUAACCAGGCGAAGACGAAUCGAAAUAGCACACGCUCUUUGUUUAACGGAAAGACAGAUAAAGAUUUGGUUUCAAAAUCGACGGAUGAAAUUAAAAAAGGAGUUGAGAGCGGUGAAAGAAAUAAACGAGCAGGCCCGUCGCGAACGCGAGGAACAAGAACGACAAAAACAACAACAACAAGAAAAACAACAAGCAAAGCUCGACCAACAGAGUCAUUCGUCGAUACACCAUCACGAUCCAAUGAAGAUGUCUUUGGAUAAAUCUGGAUCGUCGGAUCUGCUCAAACCGAAAAUAACAUAAAUUAAUCGUUGAAGAAAUCGACGAGGAAUAUUUUUUGGGUUUAAGUUUUUUUAAAGUAUGAUAAGAAUUAAUAAGAAUAAAUAGUCCUGGUGUUACAUUUAAAAAGAAAAUAAUAAAUGAGAGUGUGGUGACUCAGUUUUUGGAAAAGUGAAAAAUAAAGCAAAGUGUUGUAUCCAUUAGUUUUUAUAUGUCUCUUAAAAAAAGUGUCGUAGGACAAAAAGUUUUGAAUGAAACGAGCUUUUUUGAAUUUUUUGAACCGAGAAGAACUUAUUAGUGUUUUAGUUGUUAAAAGGACUCUUAAAAUGGUUUUUAAAAAUUAUUUUUUAUUAAUUAUUAUUAUUAUUAUUAAUUAUUUUUGUUCCGUGUAAAUAUUGUUUAUUUCUUUUUUUAUUAUUUCGAUUGUGUUCAAAUUUGUCGUCUCGUGUACUACUUAAAAAAAAAUUAAGAAGAUAAAAAUUUUAUUGACUAUUGAUAUUAUUAAUUAAUUAAUUAUAUUAAGUUUUCGGACUUGUUGUGAUCUUCCCUAUAUUUUUUUUUUUUUCUUGAAAACGUUUGAGUUUUAUUUUUGUUGUUUCGAUGAUGUGUAUUGUGCCAACCGAUUUCGUUUUUAGUUUUUUUUUUUAAUGAUCUUUAAUAAGAUAAACCGCCCCAAAUCGAUUUUUAAAAAAUCGAUGGAGACAAAAAAAUACCCAACCCAAAACAGCAAAGUAAAUUUAGUAGAUUGUAACAAAAAAGAAUACCGAUAUUCACCUUAAAUAGUUCAUAUAUACGUAAUUUUGGUGUCAGGGUAGAACAAAAUAACAAGAUUAAAAAAACGAUAAACAGCCGACGUCUUAUAAACGUUUUAAGAAAGAAAAACCAAAAAGUAUUUUAGAAACAAACAGAAAAAAAUUAAAUUAAAAAAAAUGUUCAUUUUUAAUAAUUAAAAUGAUCAAACUCUCUUAAUCUUUCUUCCGUAUUAAAGGCGAAAAUUUAAUAGAUUCGAUGUCGUACUGUCACGUAGAUUAUAUUUAAAA